AUGCUUUACCAUCCUUCUAUAUCUAAUUUCCCUCUGGUGGAUGCUUUCUACUUUGUGAAAUCUCCAAGAGGGAAGGCUACAAUGAUUGGAAUACAAACGACAACUGCCAGACGACAUGAAACUACAUCUAGUAAAGUAUGUAAAUUCAUUGAAUAUCUUAAAAAUUGUUUUUCUGACUGGACUGUUAUUUCCAAGGAAGUAUCAUGGGAAAUCAUUUACGUACAGCCCUACGAUACUGAUAAGAGGAGAGAAAUAAAAGAAUGGCAAGGAUGCAAGUUAAAAUCUCAGCGGUAUACCGCCACGUUACAGAACGCUAUUAUCAAAUUCUGGAAUAAAAAGGUAAAUCAGUAUCAAGUGAACAUGUCGAAGCCGAUGAUUGUAUGGCUUAUUGAGGCUUUAGAAGCGAUGGAUAUAGAAAAAAUAAAAAUAAAAGCAGAGAAAGGGAAGAGGAGAGCAACUAGAAAGCGAUGA